AUGGAUGUUCUUGGCACGGCACGUGCUUAUAUUAAGGAGAUGGUCAACCUGGCUGGCCCACAGAUGAAAGUUAUUCUCAUGGAUAAGGAAACGGUGCGCCCUAAGACCACAAUCGUAUCAUGCGCUUUUGCACAGUCAGAAAUGAUGCAGAAAGAAGUUUAUCUAUUCGAGCGUCUUGACUCGCCAGUACCUCGAGAAGCGAUUAAACACUUAAAAUGUCUUGUGUUUGUUCGACCCACUCCUGACAAUGUUCAGCUCUUGGCAUCUGAGUUAAGAAAUCCGCGCUAUGCACAAUAUUAUAUCUAUUUUUCGAAUAUCGUUAGUAAAACAGAUUUGAAGAUGCUUGCUGAAGCCGAUGAGCAUGAAACGGUUAGAGAAGUGCAUGAGUUCUUUGUUGAUGGCAUCGCUUUGAGUCCUCCAAUUUACUGCAUCAAUAUAAAAGAAGUCUACGACCGUUCCUUCAAUCUUACAGCAGCUGCAUAUUUACGAAUCAAACAGGCGCUUGUGGCGCUUUUGCUUAACCAGAAAAAGAAACCAGUGAUAAGAUAUCAACGCAUGUCAGAGGAUUGUAAAAGACUUGCUGAUGAUUUGAAUCAAGUAGUACGACGCGAAGAAGGCUUGUUUGACAAUGCAAAACGAGACACAAUUUUACUUAUCAUUGAUCGAAGUGAAGAUCCUGUCACUCCGCUACUAAAUCAGUGGACAUAUGAAGCCAUGGUACAUGAACUAAUCACCAUUAACAAUAAUCGAGUCGCCGUUGAUGGGCAAAGCAUGGUGCUAAGUGAAUUACAUGACGAGUUUUAUGCUAAGAAUGUCUCAUCUAACUUUGGAGAAAUUGGACAAAACAUCAAAGUACUCAUGAAUGAAUUCCAACAGAAAUCCCAGAUACACAAAAAUUUGGAGUCUAUAGCAGAUAUGAAGAAUUUUGUUGAGGAAUAUCCACAGUUCAAGAAAAUAUCAGGUACUGUCUCAAAGCAUGUCACGUUGAUGGGAGAGCUCAGUAAACUUGUAGCGAAUCGGAAUCUACUCGAAAUAUCAGAGGUGGAACAAAGUAUUGUCGCGGAAGGAGACCAUUCGAGGUGUUUAGAACGAAUUCGUUCGCUUAUCAACCAUCCUAAGACUACUAGCUUGGAUGCACUACGGCUGGUGCUAUUGUACGCGCUAAGGUUCGAAGGCAAUCCAAGCAAUGAUCUCAAUAGCUUAGUGAAUCUGCUGAAAAGGGAUGCGCUACGGCUAGUGCUGUUGUAUGCGCUAAGGUUCGAAGGCAAUCCAAGCAACGAUCUAAAUAGUUUAGUGAAUUUGCUGAAAAGGGAUAUGGACUGCGCGAAUAUAGUGCGAUCUUUGCUAAAGUAUGGAGGGGCUGGACGCAGAAAGACCGAUCUUUUCGGAGAGGGAUCGACAAUGGAAAUGACAAAAAGGUUUAUAAAAGGACUGAAGGGAGUGGAGAACAUUUAUACGCAACAUGAGCCAUAUAUCAAAACGGUAAUGGAGAAUGCUUUAUCUGUACGAUCUCAAAAUGAGAAACGAAUGCAAGGUGGAGGAGGACCUGCCGUGUUGCUCGCCACGACAUUCAUGCAUAAUACCAAGAGGUACCGUAUUAGUUAUUUGUAG